AAUUAAAUUGCAGGGCCUUGGUUUAUACAAAAUUAGUACUUACCUCACCUAAGGAAAAUUAGAACACUUGACUUAUUUAUAACGUUUCCUUGCCGACGGAGCAGGUAAUUGUCCGACUCUUGCUCACUUGCUUGCUUCACUCUCCAGCAUUUUCAAUCCAGUCUCAACUUGAAUUCAGAGGAGUGAGAACGUCGAUCGGACGAGUGCUCCAAGUCCCUCAACAUUUUAUUUUCUUCUCAAUAAACCCCGUGAAAAAAUCAAGUGAAUCAUUUGUAAAGUUUCGAGUGUCAAUUGGUUGUGGAAUUUGUCAAUUGGAUUCUCCCAGGUGAAACAGGCCUGUUUAUAUUUGUUGUCAAAUAUAUUCGCAACAGGAUUUUCCGUCAUGAGUGGAAGAGGUUCCUCGAAUGAGGACCUUUUUUGGAGGGGAGGACGAGGGCGAGUGCGGGGACGUGGUCGAGGGAGAGUUCAAGAAAUUAGUUCAUCUGACUCGGACGAGGAAAUUGUAGUGGAAGAAUUGCCACCAGUUCCCGAACCCCGCCCAGGAACACUCCGUCCGAGUUUUAUUGGAUUGGGGCAGCCAGUACAAUCUCCACGGCGUGAUUUGGUGUUUUCACCCGUUCAGCACUCACGACCUGAAAUACCACCGUUUAAUGAUGCAAUGACAGCAACUCAGAAGACAGAAAUAUUUUAUAGUUACGGCCAAGAAAUCCGAGAUGCUUUCAGUGCGGGACAGCAAUUUGCAAUAAUAGAGGGUCCCACAGGCGGAGGCAAAACUACAGUGACUACGUUGGGACAUUGUAAAGAAAAUAUCAACUUCAACACUCCAAACUUUUCAAUGUUUAUGUGCGAACCAACACGCAAUGCUACAUCCAUGCUGUAUAAAAGACUGGUGACCCUUGGAAAUUCGGUAGGCUUGAGACGAUCCGUGUUUGGAAUGAAGAUUAAAAACGAAAGCAUUAAUGCAACCACAGCUAAAUUUACAGUUGGGACAGCCGGAUGGCUGAAUACGAAGCUGAUGCAUGAUCCAACUUACAUUUACAAAAUUACGACAUUAGCGCUUGAUGAAAUUCAUACGCGUGGGAUGGAUACUGAAACACUCAUCGGGACUGUUUCCUGUCUCCAACACGGUCAUGGUGUCACGUAUUCUUUUAAGAAUAUGAGUUCCUUGUACUCUGCAAGCGGGGUACCAAAUUUCAGCAACUCUUGACGCAGGAGAAUUGUUGGCUCACUUUCGUCCUCGAGCAUCAUUUCCAAACUUACGACCGUUGAAGCAGAUAAUAGUGGAAGUCAAGGCAGGAAUAAAUAAAAUGUUUAAUGUGCGUGAACUUUUCCUUGAAGAUCUGCAGUAUAAAUUUGACAUUGAAGUCCAAGAAGCAAUUGAGGAGAUAAAUAAUGCUCGUCGACCUCCUUUUCUCCACGACUCCACUAUUCGCGUCAUUUUUGACUGCAUUAAGAGUAUCAUGACACGGGACAGUUUAGCAAAAUUUUCACACGGAUUGAUUCUCAUCCAUCUCCCAGGAGUUCCGGAAAUUGAACGUGUUAUGAAAUAUGUCAACAAAUUAAAGGACCAACUACCAAUGCCAGUUUCUUUACUCCCAUAUCAUGGUGUGAUGACCAGAGAGCAGCAGAAAAACGUGGAGGACAAAAUUUCCACUCUGUCAAACAGGCCUGUUUAUAUUGUCCUGUCAACACCUAUUUCUGACUCUUCCCUCACAAUUCCCAACUGUAAAGUUGUGAUCGACUCAUCGCUCAUAAAAAUGAUGACGAUGGACAACACGACAGGAGUGUCGGGACUGAAGCUCAACUGGAUUGAUGACACCACAGCCAUCCAACGGAAAGGAAGAGUUGGGCGAACAGACGAUGGACUAUGCAUCAGACUUUAUCCGAAAAACAAGCCAAGACAGUACAACGCGCCAGAACUGAUGCGUAUAAACUUGGAGCCCUUGUUCGUCAAGGUUUUAAAUAUGUCAUCACUCCCGUUGGGGAAGACCACCACAGGAUUCGUAACGCGUUUUCUUCGCGAUUGGCUGCUGACAAAACCUCCCCCUCAUAACAUCACUCGGGCUAUCGUAAAUUUGCUGCAAAGUGGAGUAAUUGUGAGAAAAGCAGUGAAACCCAGCAAUUCUUUUCCAUACGAUAACUUUUGCUUCACGCCUAUUGGAGAGAAAAUAGUCCUGUUUGACUUUCCACCCACAUUUACCAGAUCAUGUGCGUUAAUGAGCAUGGUCGGAUCGUUUGAAGAUGCUGCAGUGAUGGGCGCAAAAGUGGCAAACUGCAGUGGAGAUUUCUACAUGAACGGAUUUGCUGAUCUACGUCUCCAAAUUUUCAAGUUAAAGUUCAUGGACCAUAUCCUAUCGGACGCUUUACUCAUCUCGAAGCUGUUCAGACUUUGGGUUCGCUCAUCUGCAACAAGGGUGGACGGGAAGAUUAAAGGAAACAGGCCUGUUUUAGGCAAUCCAAUACACUCCAACAAGCAUGAACUCAACAACAAUUCAUUCUACGGAUGUAGGCCUUGGGCUCUUUGUACGAUUGACGAUGCUGUAGCAGAAACCAAAACUCAGUUUAGUUUCACUCAGGAUAGAAACGGUCGAAACAUAUCAAUCAAAAUUGCAGGGAUGACCCAGAAAGAGAAAGAAAUGGCAAGCUCUGAAACACACAUUUUCAACUUGAUUGCUCUUUGCAUUUCCUCUCCUCUAAAUCAGCAUUUCAAGUCAGAACCAACGGAACAUUUUUUGCCCGAGAUAAACAGGCCUGUUUGUCUACUUCGAUCUCUGAUCCUCCGACCAGUCCCUUCAGCGGAUGUCCGUUUGUGGGGUCCACAACUAGCUAAAAUGCUUGCAUUUCCCCUUAAUUUAUGGCCAGAUGUUUUUGUCGACAACAAAAAUGACCGUGUCGUCGUUACGUUCCCUCCAUCUCCUCCAAACGAGUACAUGGGCAUGGUUCACCCUUCCGUCAAGUUGGCGUUACACAAGGCCGAGUUUAAGAAACAGUAUUUCGAGCUUAACGUGUACUUUCCAGAAACAAUUGGAGAACAGAGAAUUGGACGAGGAAAAUCCCGACCUACUCACCAGUUACUCGACGACCAUUCUCGACAAUGAUGAAUUAUUAUGCAACGCGUCUGAAGUUUCCAAAAGCACCAACUUUACUCCAGAAACAGUUUUUAUUGUUACUGCAUUUUUCAACCCAACAAAUUUUGGAGUCAGACAAUUUUUCCACACACCGAAAA